CCAAUUUCUGGCUAUAAAGAUCAAAACAGCAGCUCCUCCUCCUUUGGCUUUCACACUCCUACCGCUACGUACUACAUUCUUAACAAUACAGUGAGAUAGAGUAACAUGGACGUUCGCCGGCGUCCCAGCCCAAUCUCAGACGAAGAAGCACUUCUUAAAGUGGGGGAGCCCCUGAAAGUGAAAGCCUCAGAUGCUGAUCUUCCUCUUCCCCUCUACCUGACAAACGGAAUCUUCUUCGCCCUCUUCUUCUCCGUGGCAUACUUCCUCCUCCACAGAUGGCGCUACAAGAUCCGUACUUGCUCUCCACUCCAUGUCUUAACCCUCUCCGAGAUAGCUGCCUUAGUUUCUUUGGUUGCCUCAAUCAUCUAUCUACUUGGUUUCAAAUUUGGAGGUUUAAUAUUAUGUCUCGUAAGCCAUAAUUAUCACGAUAAAAGGGGUGGCGUACGCAGGACGAGCAGAUUUGCUAGAUUACAAGGAGUAAAAUGUGGCAUAGCAGGCAAGAACUUGUACGUAAGGUUCAGCUGCCGCACAGGAGAUGCCAUGGGGAUGAAUAUGGUCUCCAAGGGUGUCCAAAACGUUCUUGAUUUUCUCCAUCACGAUUAUCCCGACAUGGAUGUUAUUGGCAUCUUCUGAAACUUCUGUUCAGAUAAGAAGCCAGCAGCAGUUAACUGGAUAGAAGGACGUGGAAAGUCGGUCGUCUGCGAGGCAGUCAUAAAGGAAGAGGUGUUGAAAAAGUUGCUCAAGACCACCGCUCCUGCUUUGGUGGAACUUAACAUGCUUAAGAACCUCACUGGCUCCGCUAUCGCUGCUGCUCAAGGCGGUUUCAACGCCCAUGCCAGCAAUAUUGUUUCUGCAGUUUACGUAGCCACUGGCCAGGAUCCUGCUCAGAAUGUGGAGAGCUCUCACUGCAUCACCAUGAUGGAAGCUGUCAACGAUAGCAAGGAUCUUCACAUCUCCGUCACUAUGCCUUCCAUUGAGGUGGGCACAGUGGGAGGUGGCACCCAUUUAGCAUCUCAGUCAGCUUGCCUAAACUUACUUGGGGUUAAAGGUGCCAGCAAAGAAUGCCCGGGCUCAAACUCAAAGCUCUUGGCCACCAUAGUAGCCGGUUCAGUCCUAGCUGGAGAGCUCUCACUCAUGUCUGCCCUUGCAGCUGGGCAGCUGGUGAAGAGCCACAUGAAAUACAACAGGUCCAGCAAAGAUAUCUCGGAGAUGGCUUCCCAACAACUGUCCCUAAGAUAGGCUCCGAACUAACAUUACAGAAGAAGAAUAAAAGACGAAAAUAAAAAUUAAAAAAAAGGAAAGUUGUUUUUGGUAGGGAGGAUGGGUUGCACUCUGAAAGUGUUGGUGCUGGGAGGGGUAAAACAAAGAGCACAUAGGGGUGGGCCGCAUGCCGCAGGUGGCAAGAAAAAGCGUUGGCUACAAAUACCCAUUAUUUUUCUUUUCUGAUUAGGCAUGUGCCUGAGACUGGCCGGGUCUGUUUCCGGGGUGCAGAAGAAAAAAAUACUAAAAGCAAAAAGAGCUGGUGUAAUGCAAAUUGAGAAAUUGCGAUGAGAAGCCUUGUACUGUUCUGCCUCUACUUCUGCAUGUACUCUCUGUCGCAUGGCGCCAUUUGUGUGUGCGCCAAGGCCAAGGAAAAGCAAACACAACCUUUCGAACUUGUUACCAUAUUCUUCUCCAUACCAACGCCCAACCAGUAGCCUCCCUUUGAGUCAUGUUUGAGGUUUACGAUUAGCAAUAUAUUGCAAGCUUUAAUAAGCUUUUCUGUUGUACUGUCGUAUAUAUGGAAGUGCUAGCUUUCCUUUUUUAAUUUUGUCCUCAACAUCUACAUCAAAAUUUAUUCUAGUA